AUGACUACCACUGACAAUUCCUACACCUUAACCUUGGUCGGCGACGUCAUGUUAGCCAGACAGGUAGACCAACUCCUCCCAACCUCCAUCGACAGUCCAAGAGAUGCCCGAAACGUCUCCGACCUCAAAUCCAAGCACCCAUCAACACUAAAUGAAAACGCCUACACUCCAUCCGCACCAUGGGGAACAACUCUCCCUCUACUCCGCUCCACAGAUCUCUUCCUCAUAAACCUCGAAACAUCCGUAACAACUACCAACCAAGCAUGGCCAAACAAGACAUAUAACUACCGCAUGCACCCCGCAAACCUGGGACCCGUUCUGCACGCCGCACAUGUUGAUUAUGCCAGUUUGGCAAAUAACCACGUUCUCGAUUAUUCAGAGGAAGGACUAGUUGAGACAGUUUGGACGUUAAAAGAGACUGGGAUUUCCUUUGCGGGCGCAGGUGAAACUACGGAUGAAGCGUAUAAACCUGCGGUGUUAUGGGUUCCGCGUUCUGUGCAGGAGUUUCAUUCUAGACGUGUUGAUGGGAAGGUCGUUCUUCCUAGCCAACAUCGAUCUGAAUCUGGGGAGAACAAUGGGUUCAGAGUUCAUGUUUAUUCUGCUUCGGAUCAUCCACUGGAUUGGGCCUCUGUUCCGACAUUCCAUUUUCUUGAUUACUCAGAGUCUACACGGGAAAGACUGAGGAGAUUAUGCGUGGGAUCUGGUAUACAGAAUGAUUCAUCUGAAUCGGACACAAGGCCCGCAUUGAAGAUCUUCUCUGUGCACUGGGGUCCGAACUAUACAUGGUCUCCGUCAGAUCAAAUCCGCUCGUUGGCGCAUUUUCUUAUUGAUGAGUGCGAUGUGGAUAUUGUGUAUGGGCACUCGUCUCAUCAUAUCCAGGGUGCCGAGGUUUAUCAUGGUAGGGUUAUUCUUUAUGGCUGUGGGGAUUUCGUGAAUGAUUAUGUGUUUCGGGAGACAUAUCGGAAUGAUCUUGGGGCUGUAUGGAGGGUUAUUGUUCGUGAGGCCGAGAAGGAUAGGCUUAUGCUAGAUAGGUUGGAGAUUUUUCCUACGAGGCUUGAGCAGUUUCGAGCUUGUUUGCUUGGUAUUGAUGCUAAGGAUCAUGCCUGGGUGAGAGAAAAGAUUCAGGAGUUGAGUUUGGAAUUGGGAACUGUUGCUCGAGAGGAGCUAGGACAGGAUGGACAAGUUAUUAUUGAUAUAAAUGCAUGA